AUGGCACACUCGUGUCCCCCGCUGCAGAACAACUUUGAAGAUAUUAAACACACAACCUUAUUUGAAAGGGCUGCUCUCCGUGAGGCUGCAAGAUGUCUGAAAUGUGCAGAUGCGCCAUGUCAAAAAAGUUGCCCGACUCAACUUGAUAUUAAAUCGUUCAUCACCAGUAUCUCAAACAAGAAUUAUUAUGGAGCAGCGAAAGCUAUAUUUUCGGACAACCCGCUGGGCCUCACGUGCGGUAUGGUGUGUCCGACCAAUGACCUCUGUGUGGGUGGAUGUAACCUUUACGCGUCCGAGGAAGGACGUAUCAACAUAGGAGGGCUGCCAGCAAUACGCUACUGA